CGGCGGCUCAGUGUGUUUGUGCUGUGGGUGUUUGCUUAGGCCAGUGACAACGAAACGCAACGGUAGCAGUUACAAUGUUAAUUGCGGCAGCUUAGUUGCGGGCCACAGCAAACAAGAACAACAAGCGGAAGAACAGGCCACUUAAACCGGAAAUAGACUAUUAAACGUCCACACACUCACACUCACACACACACACACACACACAAAGGCAUACAUAUGGUGCGAAAGCCAAGCAGCUAAACAACAAUCGUGGCUCUUUUUCUCUCUCCUGCUGCUGCUGUUGCUGCUGCUGCCGCUGCUACUGCUCUCUCUCAAGGUCGUCGGCUCAACACAGAAGACGCCAGCAACGAACUCCACCCGCACCAAGGCGCAACUCGAGCCGCAACACGCAACACGCAACUGCAACGGCAACGCAACAAGCAGGCAUUACCAUAAGCCAUCCAUCGGCCAGAGAGUAGAGUAGUAGAAUCAGUUUUCGGCCAACUUUCGACGCGAAUGCAAGUGAGGUAAAUUGCUAGCUCCCCAAAAAGUAGGCAGCACUUGGCAAGCGGAAACGGAAGUAAACACUCGUUGGCGCGCACACUUAAUUGAUAUUCAAACGCUUAACCUAAAGCAGCCAGCGAUCAUAUCGAACAGAUCGAAUCAGGCUUACUUUAUCGAAGAACACUGAAGAUUUGACAAAACGAAGAUUAUUUAAAUACGCGCGCGUUGUAAUAAAAAAGAGUUAAAGUGCAUUUCCUAAAUAUACCAACCUUUUUAACUCCGUUUGUUGCAUUGGAUCAACGAUCGCCGUUGACGGUGGAUUCCUCCUGCCCCAAACGGAAAAAAUGCGAUAUGGAUCGAGAGCGAGAAAGAGAUGUCAAGGCCCUGGAGCCACGCGACUUGUCCUCCACGGGCCGAAUUUACGCCAGAAGCGACAUUAAAAUCAGCUCCUCGCCCACCGUCUCGCCAACGAUCUCAAACUCCUCUUCGCCCACACCGACGCCACCCGCCAGUUCCUCAGUGACGCCGCUGGGACUGCCCGGAGCCGUGGCAGCUGCUGCCGCCGCCGUCGGAGGAGCCUCAUCGGCGGGGGCCAGUUCCUAUUUGCACGGCAACCACAAGCCCAUCACCGGCAUUCCGUGUGUGGCCGCCGCCUCCCGCUACACGGCCCCUGUUCACAUCGAUGUGGGCGGGACCAUCUACACCAGCUCGCUGGAGACACUCACCAAGUAUCCGGAGUCGAAGCUGGCCAAGCUCUUCAAUGGCCAGAUACCCAUAGUGCUGGACUCGCUGAAGCAGCACUAUUUCAUCGAUCGCGACGGGGGCAUGUUCCGCCACAUUCUGAACUUUAUGAGAAACUCAAGACUUCUGAUUGCCGAGGACUUUCCGGACCUGGAGCUGCUGCUGGAGGAGGCUCGCUACUACGAGGUGGAGCCGAUGAUUAAGCAGCUGGAGAGCAUGCGCAAGGAUCGCGUUCGCAACGGCAACUAUUUGGUGGCGCCACCCACUCCACCGACUCGCCACAUCAAGACGAGCCCGAGGACCAGCGCAUCGCCCGAGUGCAAUUACGAGGUAGUGGCGCUGCACAUCUCGCCGGACCUCGGCGAGCGCAUUAUGCUGUCGGCGGAACGGGCUCUGCUCGACGAGCUCUUCCCGGAGGCCAGCCAGGCGACACAGUCGAGUCGCAGCGGCGUGUCCUGGAACCAGGGCGACUGGGGGCAAAUCAUCCGCUUCCCCCUCAACGGCUACUGCAAGCUGAACUCGGUGCAGGUGCUCACGCGGCUGCUCAACGCCGGCUUCACCAUCGAGGCCAGCGUUGGGGGCCAGCAGUUCUCCGAGUAUCUGCUGGCACGACGCGUCCCAAUGUGAUAGGCCCUGGCCCUAGCUGCACUGGCUGCCCCAGCUCCCCAGGAAGCUGCCGCUGUGGCUUCUGUUUCCGGUUCCGGUUCGGUUUCGGGUUUGGGUUCGGGUUCGGGUUCUAGCUCCCCGCGACUUGGUCGCCUGAUCCAUGUGCGUUGCAGGCGCUAAUUGCCGCUCGCGGGGAUUAACGGAUAGGUCGGGGUUAGGUGACCAACAAUCACUAAAGGAGAAUAUAAUCUAUGAACAAAGUAUGGGUAUUGAAUCACGUUUAGUUCUCGACAAAUGCAGGGUUCUUUGGGGAAAGUGUAGAAAAAAUACAGUUUGAUUCUGCCGAAAUGUAAAGGGUAUCUUUGGUAUAAUUACAUCCAACAUAAACUGUAGAGCAAAAGGAGGUUCACAUCUUCAAGCCAAUCUAACAAAUUUUUGUAUUGUAAACUGAAGAACCUUUUAGAAAAUUAAAGUUUGCAAGUUGGUUUCAGCGAAACAUGUAAAAACCGAUCAUUUUUAAAAUGCCCUAAUUGACAGAAUUUAACGUAGCUCAAACGUGAUUUUGGACAUCAAAUUAUUGCCCUGAUGUGUCCAUAGAUUUCAUUCCAUACAACUCGAUCCAUCCACGUUAGGGGGCUGCACAUUGCUGCUCUGAGCAGUUUGUAUUUUAGAAUUCGCUGCGGAUGCAAGUUCUGAAUCUGAAUCCAAAUGUUAUUUAAUGUUUAUCAAUUAAGUUUGCUGGCACAGACACUGGACACAAACACACUCGUGCGUAUUAUUAAGCAUUUAGAGAGCCAAGAGCCCAGCACUGAUUUUGUUUUUUAGCCUUACGUUUAAGUCGAAUAUUGUUUUCUCUAAGUGUACCACCUACGGCUAAUGACCUUGAGUUGUUCCAUUGAAUCGAAUCGGCCAGGGAUUGUAGCUGGCUUAAAUUAUUGUAACCCACACGCCCACACACCCACACACACACACCCACACUGAAAACUAUGGUAGAGUAACAUUAACUCAAGAGCAACUCACAGCAAAAAUAGUUUUGUAGUACUUAAUUGAUGUAAUUGAACCUUUAUGAAUGUAAACUAUGGGAUAACUUUUUCAAUAUAUACGAACCGACGUCUAAAUAGUCUACACCAAUUCAAAUACAAUUACAUGCAAAUAUAGAUAUAUUCAACAAAAUACAGUUUGCGACCACGCCCCUCUAUAGAACAACCACUCAAUUGAAUAUUUAAAUAAAGCAAAAAGUACGUGUAAA